AUGGUCUCCACGGAGACCAUCACCGAAGGAACUGAAGAGAACUCUGUGGGCACGGACGAAGAGCCGCCGCACGAGCUUUGCGACCUCUGGGUUCAGCUCGUCACCCGCUGGAGGACGAUUCCCAGAGCCUUAGCAGCUUGUGAUCUGAGUCAUCUCCAGCAUUUCGGAGAGUCUGACCUCGCAGCUCUCUGGCGACAGGCCUUUGGCCCCACGCGGGAUGUGCCGACCAGGUUCUUGGCUUCGUUGGUAUCCACGUGCGAGGCAUUGCCUCGGUCGCAGCUUCUGCAAGCUUUCGCCUUCUGCGCCCCCCGUGUGACUUUCCGGGAGUGGUCCAAUGCUGUGCUCUUGGCCUACGAAAGGCUCGCCGACCUGGCUCUGACAUUGCGGAGCGGCGGGAAGCCCCAACUUGCUGGCAUAGCUACGGGAGGGUGUGUCAGGCGGUUUCCUCGGCCAGAUCAGGACGUCGUGAUGAAGGAGCUCCCGUCGCCCGCUUUGCCUUUGCGGGGUGUGGACUUUGCGGAGGCUCUCUCGAUGCAGGAGAUUCCCAGCACCGACGCUCUGCAGUGGCUGGAUGCCGUCCGCGCGAGUGGCGAGAGGUCGAAGUGUGGCCUCGACUUCGACCUCUUGUCGAGGAGGAUCAUCGAUCAGAAGGUGCCGCAGCUGCGGUCGCCGCCGACGAGGCCGCAGCAAGGGCUGCCUUUGGAGGACAUUGCGAUCCGAUUGAUCCAUUCUUUUGGCGACCUCACCUCAGCGUUCAACUUGCUGCCGAAGGCCAGUCAAGUGAAUCAAACUCAGCCUCGCAGUGCUGCCGCGAAUCGCAGCUUGUCCCCCGAGUUCUUUGGACCUGCACGGCUUCCGGGAGCCUCGAAAGCACGUGCAACCGACUUGGGCGGCCAUGUUGCACGCAACGCCCCCCGGGAGGCGAAAGCAGAAGGGGACGUUUAUGCGCUUACCGAGCGGCAAUGGCUGCACGCGCUUCGCGGCUCCAGCCACUGCAGGCUUCCGGGUUUUGCUGCGGCGUCGGGCGAUAAUUCGUGA